AGUAUUUAUUAUUCUUGUUUAAUUCAAACAUUUUAAAGAUUCCAUACAGAAAUCUAUUUUUUGAAUAUGUGUAAUUCUUACUUAAAGCACCUGAUCAGGGUGUGAGCAAUCCAAAAAUGACCAUAACAGUUGAGCUGCCAGCUGUUAGAUCACAGAAAAAUCUGUGAUUAUUUACUAAUAGAAAAUUACUCUCUUGUCAUAUUGUUUCGCCUAUCAUCGAUAAGUUUUCCAUAUUUACCUUUGCUAUCUUAGCUUUCCUGAUCUCACAUCGUCAUUAUUUUAAAGACUUAAUUAAUCAUGGUCACUCGAAAUCAUUUUGAAACAUUCCUAACGCUGCGAAACAAAGCAUCUAAAUAUCGCAGUUUUACUCGCUAUGAAGCUAGUGAAGAAGAGAGAGUCACUUUGGUCAAUAAUGAAGAAAACGGUUACAUUGAAUCAGGAACUGUGGACUCACCAUAUUGGGUUGCUUAUGUUGAUCAAUUCCGCUUUGAGACUAGCAAAAUAAACAAAAAAAUUGAUGAACUCGAAGAGAUCCAGAAGAAUAUACUCAAAUUGAAAAACAAGGAAAUAUUUGGAGAUGAUUCCUUCAAUGAUAACCGUGAGAGUGAGAUUGAUCAAAAGUGCCAAGAAAUCAGUCGCCUUUUCAAUCGAUUACAUUCUCUUGUCAAUCAAGUGAGAAAUAUCUCUAGAGGAGAAGGAUUAAAAGACAGGAUAAUAAGGAAUAUCCUUCAAUGGGAGUAUCAUGUUAUAAGCAAUCUUUCAGCUCGCUUUCGAGAAGUCCAGAAAGGUUAUUUAAACAAGAUCCGUGAAUAUGAUGAUUAUAUGAUAAAAUUUGAUGAAACGGACCCCAAUGAUCCUUUAGGAGCCAUGUCAAACUACCAGGAUAUUAAUCUAUUGGACAAUUUUACGUCUCCCGGUGAAGAUGACGCUAUUGUGUCCGGUGGAAGACAACAACAGCAACUUAGAAACACAUUUGUGGCCAGUGAUACCAAAUUUCUUCAUCAAAGGGAACAAGAAAUGAAUAAUAUCCUUAAAUCUAUGGAAGAGUUGAACUCUAUUUUCCACGAUAUUAACACAGCGGUUAUUAAUCAAGGUAGCCUAUUGGAUAGGAUUGAUUACAAUAUUGAAAAUGUUGAAAUGUCUGUCCAUCAAGGUGUUAUUGAGCUGGCCAAAGCCGAGAAAAGUGUUAGGCGAUCACGGAAAAUGAAAUGUGUCAUGAUUAUUGCUUUCUCCAUUCUUCUGUUUCUCAUUAUCAUUAUUGUAAAAUCUUAAGUUUUCCCGAAAAAGCUUCCUUCUACUCAUUAUUAUAAUUUCAACAUUUUAUUUUCAUUUUAAACUGUGUGUAUAUUUAGCUUUCUGAUUUAAAAAUUAUCAUCCCAAAAGUGUAAUAUCUCAUUUAAAGUUAUCAAUGAAUGUUCGUCAGUGA